CAGAAACCAAAACCGGCCAAAGGCAAAGCUGAGGCUCAUUUCUCUCUGGUGCACUAUGCUGGCACUGUGGACUACAAUGUUGUUGGCUGGUUAGACAAGAACAAGGAUCCCCUGAAUGACUCUGUGGUCCAGCUUUACCAGAAGUCCUCAUCGAAGCUGCUGACUCACCUCUAUGCUUCCCACUCAGGAGCAGAUGAUGCCAAAGGGGGGAAGAAGGGUGGAGGCAAAAAGAAGGGAGGCUCCUUCCAAACUGUUUCAGCUCUCUUCAGGGAAAACCUUGGAAAGUUGAUGACCAACUUGAGGAGCACCCAUCCACAUUUUGUGCGCUGUCUCAUUCCUAAUGAAUCCAAAACCCCAGGUCUGAUGGAAAACUUCUUGGUCAUCCACCAGCUGAGGUGUAACGGCGUGCUGGAGGGUAUCAGGAUCUGCAGGAAAGGUUUCCCCAGCAGGAUCCUUUAUGGUGACUUCAAGCAGAGGUACAAAGUACUGAACGCUAGUGUUAUUCCUGAAGGCCAAUUCAUUGACAACAAGAAGGCCUCUGAGAAACUCCUAGGAUCCAUCAACAUUGACCACACUCAGUAUAGGUUUGGCCACACCAAGGUGUUCUUUAAGGCUGGACUGCUGGGUACACUGGAGGAGAUGAGGGAUGAGAAACUGGCUGAACUGGUCACAAUGACCCAGGCUCUCUGCAGAGGCUACGUGAUGAGGCGGGAAUUCGUAAAGAUGAUGGAAAGAAGGGAAGCCAUUUACUCCAUCCAGUACAACAUCCGUUCAUUCAUGAACGUCAAAACUUGGCCAUGGAUGAAGCUGUACUUCAAGAUCAAACCUCUGCUGAAGAGUGCAGAGACGGAGAAGGAGAUGGCCCAAAUGAAAGAAG